AUGUCUGCCAACGGAAACUACACCUGCGUUCCCGCCAUAAAAUGGCUAAUCAGAAACAUUCGCAACGACGACGCCGAAGCAGACGGAAUCGCCACGUGGAACGCAAUCCUGAACCUUCGAUUCCCAUCUACACAAGGCUUCUUCAUUCGGCCAUACAUCCACUGCGCUGUACGUGGAAAUCUAGGCUGGGUCGAGCUUCGGCUUUCCCAUUUGAAUGAUGGCCGUCAGAACCCAGUUCUUGUGCUGUACUAUCAGCGCGUCGAUAGACAGGAUGAUGAUCAGUGGGAAAAUGGACAGAGAGAGCUGGAGUUGUAUCUUGCGUUUCGGUAUCGUCACUUCAGAGAAGAUACGGUUCCUAUCUAUGGCAUCCUUGCCAUAGGGGUCAAGUUGAAGAUCUUCCAGUACGAUAAUCCCUCCCGCAGUAUCGAGCGGUUUGUUCCGCCUUGGGAUUUGGAGCGUCACGAUGACCAGGUUUGGAAUAUGCUCAGGAAGAUCAACAGGGACCAUACCAGUAGUGGUGGUUAUGACAAGGCAGGUUUCAAGUUUGAGUCCGGUGGACAGGGGAAUGGGAGGCUGGGGAUUUUCUUUUGA